AUGGCACCUGCUUUAGAACUCCUUGAGAAGCCCGUUCAGAGUCUACGGACGAAAGCGCUCCCAUCAGCCCGCAAUGAGCCGGCUCUUGGGCUCGAUUUGAAGUCAGAGAGCACAGAGAGACACCAACGAGUGAUGAGUGUCUUCCGAGCUUUCAUCGCUGAUCUGUGUCAACAGUUCGGUGAGGGCCAUGCUGGAUCCCCAUUGGGAAUGGCUGCCAUCGGUGUUGCUUUGUAUAAGUAUGUCAUGCGGUAUUCUCCCGGUAACUGCAACUAUUUCAACCGCGACCGCUUUGUUCUUUCGAACGGCCAUGCCUGUCUUUGGCAGUAUACUUUUAUGCACCUUGUGGGUGUUGAGAGUAUGACACUCGACCAGCUUAAAUCCUAUCAUUCCGCAAAGCUUGACUCACUCUGCCCUGGUCAUCCCGAGAUCGAAAAUGAGGGCGUUGAGGUCACAACUGGGCCCCUUGGUCAGGGACUUGCUAAUGCUGUUGGCCUUGCGAUGGCCAGCAAGAACCUAGCAGCCACAUACAACAGACCGGGCCAUGAAGUCGUGGACAACAUGACGUGGUGUAUGGUCGGUGACGCCUGUCUCCAAGAAGGCGUUGGCCUCGAGUCUCUUUCACUGGCUGGCCAUUGGAGGCUGAACAACCUUUGUGUGAUUUUUGAUAACAACUCCGUGACCUGUGACGGAACGGCAGAUGUUGCCAAUACCGAGGAUAUCAACAUGAAGAUGCGAGCGACCGGGUUCAAUGUGGUAGAUGUUUACAAUGGAGAUACUGAUGUUGCCGGCAAUGACAAGCCCACGUUCCUCAACAUUCGCACUGUCAUUGGGUUUGGGGCCUACAACGCGGGUACCGCAGACGUCCAUGGAGCCGCCCUCGGAGUCGGCGAAGUAGCCAACCUUAAGAGGUCGUUUGGCCUCGACCCCAACGACCAUUUCCACAUUCCGCAGGAUGUCUAUGAUUUCUUCAGUGAAAUACCUAGUCGAGGUCGAUCUGAAGAAAUAGAUUGGCAGAAAGCCGUGGCACGAUACAGGAAGGAAUACCCAGACCUAGGGGCUGAGUUCGCGCUCCGCGUUGCAGGAAAAAUGGUCCAAGACUGGAGCAAGUAUAUUCCUGGCAAGGAACAGCAGCCCAGCGCAGUGACCGCAUCCAGAAAGUCCGCGGGAGUAAUAACGAAUGCCCUUGCCGAGAACAUCAAUUCAUUCUUGGUCGGCACCGCUGAUCUUACUCCCUCGUGCAAUGUUGCCUUCAACAACAAGGUCGACUUCCAAUCCCCCGAUCUUCAAACUGCAUGCGGUCUUGACGGGAACUAUAGUGGUCGAUAUAUUCACUAUGGUAUUCGUGAGCAUGCAAUGUGCGCAAUCACCAACGGGCUUUCGGCCUUCAACAAAGGAACGUUCAUUCCCAUGACCAGCACAUAUUUCGUAUUUCACCUUUAUGCCGCGGCUGCUGUGCGUAUGGCCGCCCUGCAAGGUCUCCAGCAAAUUCAUAUCGCCACCCACGACAGCAUUGGUGUUGGUGAGAAUGGGCCUACGCACCAGCCAAUUGCUGUUGCAGCCCUGUACCGCGCCAUGCCCAACAUCCUUUAUAUACGUCCAUGCGACGCCGAAGAAGUGGCCGGGGCAUAUAUCUCCGCUAUCGAAGCGACCGAGACGCCUACCGUCAUCUCACUCUCCCGCCAGGGACUGGUUCAAUAUCCCGAAUAUUCUUCUCGCGAGGGUGCGAUGAAAGGUGGAUAUGUAUUUGCAGAGAAUGAGGGGGGUGGGUUCGAUGUUACAUUGAUUGGGGUCGGCUCUGAGAUGGUCUUCGCGAUGAAAACCCGAGAGUUCCUCCAGGCAGAAUAUGGCAUUCGGGCGCGCGUUCUCUCCUUCCCUUGCACUCGACUGUUUGAACAACAGUCUCGGGAGUACAAGUUGGAGGUUUUGAAGCCGCGCGCUGAAAAGCCUACUGUCGUGAUUGAGGCAUACCCCUCAAACGGAUGGGAGCGCUAUGCGCAUGCAUCGGUCGCUGUUAACAGCUUUGGAAAGAGUCUGCCUUCCAAGGAUACUUAUGAUUACUUUGGCUUUGCUCCAGAGAGAAUCGCCCCCAAAGUGAAAGAUUUGGUGGAGGAAGUUAGGCGAGAUGGCAUUGGAAUUCUCAGGGGCGAUUUCAGGGAAUUCAAUGGGCCCCUACGGAUCGGUCUCAGUCAUUAA